AUGCUAUCUGACGAGGGGCCAACAUUCCGCUUCAAAACUGGCCACACGGGUAAAGUGAAUCAUGCAGCAUUCAACUUUUUCGGGAAUCAAUUUGCCACUGCUGGAAGUGAUGGGAGCAUCAAAUUGUUCGAGGCUAAAGAUGGAGCGGUGCCGAUUUUUAAGGAUAAAAUUGGGGAACACCCUGGCGCUCAAAUUUGGUGCAUCAGCUGGGCGCACCCACGGUUUGGGCAGAUGCUGGCUUCAGCGGGUCAUGAUUGCAAACUGAUUAUUUGGAAAAGAGACGAGCUUUUUGGAGGUGGAUGGAAGAAGGAGUAUGAAUAUACAGGACAUCAGGCCUCCGUUCAUACUGUUGCCUUUGCACCAUAUGCUUAUGGGUUGAAGCUGGUUGCCGGAUCAAUGGAUGGAUUCCUGUCGGUCCAUUCAUACAACCGAGAGUCGAAGGAAUGGACGGUGGCCAAGAUCCCGAACGCUCAUGAUAAGGGCGUCAACGGUGUCUCGUGGGCUCCAUCUAGAUAUUAUACAAAUGAGAAUGGCCAAACUCAACUCACAGCCCAGCGUUUUGUCAGCUGCGGAAAUGAAAAAUUAGCGAAAAUCUGGGUGUUUGAUCCGAACGAGGGCUGGAAAUUAGAAUAUUGCUUGAAGGGGCAUACGGAUUAUGUGACCGAUGUUCAAUUCUGCAUGGACGCUCAAGAUGGAUGGUAUAAAUUGGCGAGCGUCGGAAUGGACGACAACCUCUUUAUCUGGGAGACCAACAACAUUGAAAGAGCAGAAUACAGAACGCAAUGCUUGGUCGAGCUGGGCGGACCCGCUAACCGGAUCUGUUGGAUGAACCGUGAUAAACUAUUUGUCGAUGGGGAAUUUGAGGCGUCGGAAGUAUUCCAAUUUGACGGCGAGAAGUGGGGGCGCGAAGACGGAAAUCUGGAUCAAAGUCUACCUCGACAGAGCUACGAUGAA